AUGGCGACGCAGCAAGACCUCCAAGACCUGCUGCGGCUCCUCACCGUGGGGCGCAAAGUGCCCAUGAUGCAAGCCAUGACCCAGAUCAAAGCCCUCCAGGCCGUCGACCUGCGAAGUAUCAAGCAGAUCGCAGAAUCUCCUCUCAAGACGGUCGAGUCGGCCAUUGUCGACGAAAAAGCUGCCAGGGCCCUGCAAUCGGCCUGCAAGGCGGCCGUAAAGCGCGGCGAUCUCGGGGGUAGCGCCAAGAAACGGCCUGCACCGCAAGCUGGGCCCCUAGCCAAGCGCACGAGGACAGACAAUGGCGGCGGCCUUAUAAGAGGGCCCACCGACAUGACGCCCCAGGAGCUCGAACGCUCGCUGGAGCUGCCCCUAUCCCUGGACGAAGAGCGUAUGGCCGCGACGGUUCUCCAGACCAACCGCGCACCGCUCGUGCUGGCAUUUGCCGUCGAGCUCCUGGGGUAUACGAUGCCCGAGCAGCCGCUAUCGAGUCGCCUGAGUCUGGGGCAGGCUGUUGUCAGCGCCAACUCGCGGAGCAAAGCCGUCAAUAUAGGGCUCGAAAAGGGCCCCAGCGCCGACGAUGAGGGCUGGGGCGAAGGCCAGCCUCGCGUGCGCGUCCUGGGGAGGGAGGUGGCCGUACUCAAGCGGGGUGGCUACGACUGGCGAGGCGACGAGAAUGUCUCCUCUGCUUCUCUCCCUGCUACUACUACUACUACUACUACUACUACUACUACUACGACUACUACGACUACUACUAGUAAUAAUAAUAGCGGCGGUGCUGUUGGUUCUGGCCCUAUCUGGGCUGUAAGCCAGCCAACCUCGCUCAAGUCGUCCACGUUCAUCGCGCGCGCCGCCCACAUCAGCAGCCCCGGGCAGAGAAAGGCUCUCAUGGAGUCCCUUUUCGUAACUAUACCCAGCCUCAAGACGGCCACUCACAACGCCUGGGCAUAUCGCCUGAAGCCUCCAGGCACCUUCCUGGGAGGCAGGGGGCGCGAGGAGUCGUUCGACGACGGUGAGACGGGGUGCGGCGACCUGAUGCUGCGCGUCAUGCGCGAAAUAGGCGCCGUCGACACGCUCGUCGUCUUGACGCGGUGGUAUGGCGGCGUGAUGCUGGGGCCCGACCGGUGGCGGCUCAUGCGUAACUGCGUGACAGGGGCGCUGAGCGAGCGUCUGCGCAGGACGGGCCGCGAGGUGGCACUGGGCGGCGAGGCCGUCUGGGGCCUCGAUCUAGAGGCGGCGAGAGCGGCGGCUACCAAGUCAGGCGGAGGCAGUAACGGAUACACAGCGAAGCACCAGCAACAACAACAUGUCGUGGGCAUGCAGAUACACACGCCCGAGGGGGCGAGAAGCUAUCUGCUCAAGAGCUUCGCCACAGCUCCUCCGCCGCUGCAGGACGCAUCGCCUGCUGGGGAGACGGCGUCGCCAACGGGGAAGGCCAAAGCUCCCCCGAAGAAGAAAACGCUCAAGGCGCUCGAGGCGGAAAAGGAGGAGAAUCUCGGUCUUCUUCUCGGGGCGUUACGGCUGCUGUUUGACAGCUGGGCCGACCACCUCGCCGGGCCCGAGCUUGAUAGACGCGCAUGGGCG